AUGGCGCGCUCGCCCGCCGCCGACUCGCCCUCGUCGUCGUCGUCGUCCUCCUCGCCUCGGGUCUCGCGCGCGUUCGCCCUCCUCGUCGCCGCGAGCCUCGCCGCCUGCCUCGCCCUGUUCCACGCCCACACCGCCAGCCAGCCUUCGUACCCGCCGGGCUCGCUCCCGCCAGAUGCCCGCGGCAACGGCGCCGGCUCGUGCCGCAUGAGCUUCAUGUCGCCCGCCUUCGCCCACCUCAGCGGCUUCGGCCGGGAGUUUACUCGCCUCGGCAACGGGCCCUGGGGCCUGUACCUGUACCGCGAGGCCGGCUGGGACGACGACCCGUUCGUCGACGACGGCCGCGGCGGCGACCGCCUUCGCCUCUCCGGCACCCCUGUCCUCUUCGUCCCGGGCAACGCCGGCAGCUUCCGCCAGGUCCGCAGCCUCGCGAGCGCAGCGAGUCGUACCUGGCUCGAGGUGCCCGGCGUCAAGCGCAAGGCCGUCGCGACGAGGGACGGCGCCGCCAGCCUCGACUUCUUCACGCUCGACUUCAACGACGACUUUUCCGCUUUCCACGGCCAGACGCUCCUCGACCAGGCCGAGUACACGGCCGACUGCAUCCGCUACAUCCUGUCGCUGUACGCCCACCACGAGGACGACCCGCCAGGCCGAGACCGCCGCCCGGACCCGACCGCCGUCAUCGUCGUCGGCCACUCGAUGGGCGGCAUCGUCGCCCGCGCAGCGUUCCUCAACCCGCACUACCAGUCGCACUCGAUCUCGACCUUGAUCACGUUCGCGACGCCGCACGUCGUCCCGCCCGUCACGGUCGACGCCGGCGUCGACCGCGUCUACAGCGCCAUCAACUCGUACUGGCGCAGCGCGUACGAGCUCUCGUCGUCGCCGUCGUCGUCGCCGGGCUCGUCGCCGCCGUCGUACGACGCCAUCUCGCCGCCGUCACCCGCCCUGCGCAACUUCCGCGCUCCGCCGCACGACGAGCUGCGCGACCUCGUCCUCAUCUCGAUCGCGGGCGGGCUCUCGGACGUCACCAUCGCGUCCGAGUCCGUCUCGCUCGCGUCGCUCGUCCCCUCAUCGGGCGACAACGGCUUCACCGUCUUCACGACGGCGAUCCCGGGCGUCCAAACGCCCGUCGACCACCUCGCCAUCCUGUGGUGCCAGCAGCUCAUGCACGUCGUCGCCCAGGGCCUGCUCGCCGUCGUCGACGUACGCCGUCCAGACGGCGUCCUUCCCCGAGGUGAGCGCGUCGCCGAGCUCGGCCGGCGCUGGCUCGGCGAGCUCGAGCGGCCGGCGCUCGGCGCGAGCGGCGAGGCGGCGGCGGCGCGCCGCAUGACGCUCGAGGCGCUCGAGCGCGGCGUCGCAGCGCACAAUCUCGCCGUCGGUGAGCGCCUCGUCGUGCGCCCGAGCGCGAGCGGCGACCUGUCGCCGCGCACGUUCCUCCUGCCCGUCCCGCCGCGGCGGACGUACGCCGGCCCGCGCAGCUUUGCGCUCCUCACGUCGGCAUCGAUCGGCCGUCGCCGCGAGGACACGGUCGAGGUGUGGGCCUGCAACGCGCGCGACGAGGAGGGCGGCAAGGUCUGCCGGUCGCUGUACCCGCAGCACGUCGCGACGCUGCCGGCCUCGCCGCACUCGAGCGUGUCGCCCGUGCUCCCUGCGCCGAUCGAGGACGGCCGCAUGAACCUCGUCGCGCUCGAGGCCGAGCAGCUCGAGGGCGUCGACGACAUCGCCAUCGUCGUCAAGGACGGCGCGCGCGCAGACUGGGUCGUCGCCGAGUUUGCCGACCGCGACAAACGCGUGCACGUGGUGGGAAAGGGUCCUCUUCAGCUCCUCCUCGGCGGGCACAAGCUCGAGGCGGUUCCGUCCAGCCCGGCCAUGCUCACCGAGCUGUGGCUGCCGGCGCUCGACUCGUCGCUCCUGACCCUCAAGCUGCGCGUGUACCGCAGCGAAUGCCAAGAGCACGACUCGCUCUUUGCGCCCCUCUUGCGCCAAUACUCGCCCCUCGUCCACGAAACCAAGUUCUUCCCGAACGUGCGCAUCGCGUCGCUCUACACGCACGCCGCCGGCCCGUACCUUCCUCCGCCCUCGUCGCCUUUCACCUCGUCCGGCGCCUGCCUCCAGUUCUUCCUCGACCCGACGUGCCCUCGCGACCCGCACAAGAGCGAGACGGCCGACCUUGCCCUCGAGAUCAAGGUCGACGUGUGGGCGACGCUCGGCGGCCUGGUCGUGCGGUACCGCCUCGCGCUCGUCACCGUGCCGUUCGCCCUCGCCAUGCUCGUCGUCGGCCUGUCGGUCAAGCUCUACAACUCGGGCAGCACGUUCCCCUCGUUCGGCUCGACUCUGUCGUCCUUCUCGCGACGCACCCUUCCUUCCCUUCUCCUCGCCCUACUCGCCCUCUCGUACCUUCAGUCGACGCUCCUGAGCACCCACAUUUCGUCGCACGACCGCCUCGCAGCCGUCGAGCCGGGCCACCACCACCACUCGCACCUCUCGCUCCCGCCGGCCUGGAUCGCCAACGCGCUCCUCGGCAACGGCGGCAGCUUUUGGGCGCCCUUGGCGCCGUUACUCGUCUUUGCGUCGGUCGGCGUCGUCGCGUGCGAGUACUGGGCGCUGUGGGCCAUCGUCGCCGGGUCCGCUUGGGCGAUCAAGACGCUCCAGCGCAACGGUCCUGCGCGAGUCAAGGCGUUGCUACCCGUCGCCGAGCCGCCCGAGACGCUGCCGCUUCAGCGCGUCCUCACCAUGGUCGCCCUCCUCCUCCUCGUCAUCUUCUUCGCGCCGUACCAGUUCGCCUUUCUCGUCAUCGUCAUCGUGCACCUGUUCUCGACGAUCCGUUGCCUCGUGCACGCGCAAGAGUCGUCGUCUGCCUCAUCCUCGUCGGCCGCCGUCACGCCCGCCGCCGCUCGCCGCCUGUGGGACCGGUACCACUACGCGUUCGCGAUCCUCGUCGUCCUCGUCACGCUCCUCCCGAUCAACGCCCUCAUCCUCGUCGUGUGGGUGCGCAACCUCGCCGUCGGGUGGCUCGCCCCGUUCUCGUCCGACCACAACGUCCUCAUGGUCUUUGGCUUCCUAGCCAACGUCGAGGCGCUCCACAGCGGCAAGGUGCUGCAGAGGAGCACAGGCGGCCGGUUCUCUCCCCUCGUCACGGCCGCCUCGUUCGUCGUCCCGGCGGCGUACGCCCUCCUGUACGGCAUCCGCUCGGCGCACCGCCUGUACUCGCUCGCCAACCUGUGCUUCAUCUGGCUCGCGCUCGGCACGAGCGACGCGUUCGUCGGCGCCGACCCGAACGCCGCCCUGUCGUCGACGUCGAGUGGGACGGCGACGGGCCUGGGUGUCGGCAGCGGCAAGAGGAGGACGAGCGAGCCGCCUGAGCCGCGGCCGGAGCUCGGCGCACGAGCCGUCGCAGCGGACGAGUUGUCGGCGAGCGGUGGGCGCAGGGUCGCGACCGUCCGACGGAGCUAGAUCUCUCUUUGUGUAGUCCCUGUUGUGCAACCGAGUGCCCGU